AUGGCGCUAUUCGCAGAUCUCGCAUCUCCUCAAGGGCCAGCCACCAUGGAUCUGAAGCACAAUGAACAAUGGAACACGCACCAACGAACUGUCAACUCAGGAAAUGAACCCUCCGCCGGCGUCAGCAGCUUUUGCGGGGCUGAAACCUCUGCAGCACUAGGUCCCAGCGCAGUCCCUACGGGCCCGAAUCAGGUCGCUGCUGGCCAUGGUGCCGGGGCAGUUCCCGUCUUCAUUUCUUACUCAGAUAUUGACGAUGCUAAGGUCGAUGCCGAUAUCGCUGGUGCCCUAGAACGCUGGGGGCCGGCAGCCGAGGAAGGACCCUGCAGGGUUGGGAUCGGUUAUGGUGUCGGCAUCACUGAUGGCGAUGGCGAUAGUGACGAGCUGCUGCCGCGGCCGCCGGCUUCAGAGGGGGUGACGGGCAGCGGAGUAGAAGUCGCCAAUACCGUCACCCCGACGGAUGCACUCUGCUUUCGAGUCUCGGAGCGAGGCGAGGGCCGUGUGGCGCUGCGGGGCCUUCUGUCAGGAGAUUUGAUCUGGGUCAGUGCCAAGAGAUAUCGGGCUAUCCUGAAGCGCCGGCAUCAGCGUCAACGCGGGAUUCGGAUUGGCAUUGGCGGCCUCACGGUGUUCUCUUCGCCCUGCAAUGGGACGCGCGGCCUGACAUCGUUCCGAGCCCAGGCGGCCUCCAUGGAACAGCAGCAGGAGGAGCUACAGCUACUACAGCUCAACCCCCGGCAGGUGCAGCCGAACGACGACCCACAAAGUGAUUACGUGCAAGAAGAUUACGUCGUCGAUAUUGAUGACGACUACUGCCAUGGCAACAGUUGUGGUGAUGAAGAUGAAUCUGCUGACAUUUCCGAUGGAGGCGUAGGCGGCAGUUCGUGCGCAUGUCCCACCUUGGAUAGUUCUGAUGAACGGCAUCCCGCGACGGCCGUAGCCGCUGGGGGUGCUGCUGCUCCGGCAGUGGUGACAGCCCUGCAGUGGGGUUUCGUGCCACUGGCGGCGCCCGCAGCCAUGAUGGGCACGGCUUUAGCUAAGGCUGCUUUGGAGGCGGAGCUUCGAGCUGUGCUUGCUGAAGAGACUGGCGUGCUCGCUCCGGAUCCCAGCGUUGACGACUCAACGGCGGGAGCCUUGUCAGCGGACGAUGGCAGCAGGGGUGGGGGCAACAUUUAG